AAAGAAAAAAAGGACUUUACAUAAAACCCUUAACUGGCGGCACGUAGCGUCGCACUAUUUAUCGCUACACCAAAGUUUAUUAGUUUUGAAUUCAAUCUUUUGACGCUGACUUCAGCUCUCAAAUCUCUCUCUUGAGAACAUUUGACCUCCGCCUCACCACUGCGACACCAAAUCAGCGAUCUGGGUCUGUGUAAAGAAGGCGCUUGGGCUCAAGACGAGGAGAGUUGCUGCUGUUGGUGACUCAUUGUCUGUGGGAGUCAGCUUCUUCUUCUUGUUCGGUAUUUUUAUUUUGAUUUUGAUGGUUUUGUGAUUUGGGUUCUGUGUGGAAGUUGAGAAAGUUCACUGGAUUUUGACAUUUUCUGGGUUUUGGGUGUGCAGUUGGUAGUGGAAUUUGGGAUUAAAGACGUGAAUGGGAGGAAAUAAUAUUUGAUUGAAUUGGUGAUGUAGAAUUGACUAUUGAGGUUGAUGCAUGUCUAUAAAGAAGAAGAAGCAAAACCAGAAAAAGUCAGAGGUUUUUUUUUUAUGUUAGUUUAACUAGAUUAUGAAACUUCUCUUCGCUCUAAAAUCUCACAAAAGUGACACGUUAACAACAUCUCAGUUUCACUCCACUUCAACUCUUCUUAUCAAACUCCUUCACCAAACAUCAUCACCUCAUACUCCCACACAUUUCAACAAUCUCCUCAACACUACUCUCCAUACCAAAAACCUCAAACAUGUUAUCCAAAUUCACGCCCAACUCAUCACAAACAACUACACUUGUCUCCCUUUCCUCUUCAACAACCUACUCAACUUGUAUGCUAAAUGUGGCCAUAUCAACCAAAGUUUACACCUUUUCUCAAAUACCCAUCAUGGGUUUAAGAAUAUUUUCACUUGGACCUCGCUUAUUACCCAAUUAUCACACUUUAACAAACCCUUUAAAGCCUUGACAUUUUUUAACAAUAUGAGAAGCACUGGUAUUUAUCCAAACCACUUUACUUUCUCUGCUAUUUUACCUGCUUGUGCACAUACUAUGAUAGUUACUCAUGGUGAACAAAUGCAUUGUUUGAUUUGGAAACAUGGGUUCAAAACAGAUGUGUUUGUUGGUACUGCAUUGGUUGAUAUGUAUGCUAAGUGUGAUGAUCUGAGCUCUGCAGACAGAGUGUUUGAUGAAAUGCCUGAGAGAAGCCUUAUUUCUUGGAAUUCAAUGAUUGUGGGGUUCUUGCAGAAUAAGUUUUAUGAUCGGGCAGUUGGGGUUUUCAGGGUGCUUCUUAGGGAGAGUUCAGAUAGUCCUGAUCAAGUGAGUUGUUCGAGUGUGUUGAGUGCUUGUGCCAAUAUGGGUGGUUUGGAAUUUGGGAGACAAGUUCAUGGAGUUGCUGUAAAGUAUGGUUUGGUAACAUUAGCUUAUGUUAAGAACUCAUUAAUGGACAUGUACUGUAAAUGUGGGUUGCUUAGUGAUGCUGUCGAGUUGUUUCAGACCAUAGGAGAUAGUGAUGUUGUUACUUGGAAUGUUAUGAUAGUGGGGUGCGUCUGUAAUGACAACUUUGAAGAAGCUUGCAAUUAUUUUUGGGUUAUGAGGAGGAAAUGUAUUUCACCUGAUGAAGCAUCGUACUCUUCUGUUCUUCAUGCUUCUGCAAGUCUUGCGGCACUUGAUCAAGGCACUUUGAUUCAUGAUCAGAUUAUAAAAACAGGUUUUAUUAAGAAUGAGUGUAUUGCAAGUUCAUUGGUUACAAUGUAUGCAAAAUGUGGGUGCUUGGGAGAUGCUAGUCGUGUGUUCGAAGAGAUUGAAGAUCGUAAUGUGGUUUGUUGGACGGCUAUGAUUGCAGCUUGCCAACAACAUGGCUGUGCGAACCAAGUGAUUGAAUUGUUUGAGGAAAUGCUUGGGGAAGGGGUUAAACCUGAUUACAUUACAUUUGUGUCUGUUCUAUCAGCUUGUAGCUAUGCUGGGCGUGUUAAAGAUGGGUUUGGGUACUUUGAUUCCAUGACUAAGGUGCAUGGCAUGAAUCCUGGGCCUGAACACUAUGCUUGCAUGGCUGACUUGCUUGGUCGUGCCGGUCGAUUGGAUGAAGCUAAGAGGUUUAUUGAGUCAAUGCCAAUCAAACCAGACUCAUCAGUUUGGGGAGCUUUGCUUGGGGCUUGUAGGAAUUAUGGCAAUGUUAAAAUGGGAAGAGAGGUUGCAGAGAUUCUUUUUGAGUUGGAACCAGAAAAUCCAGGGAAUUACGUGCUGCUAUCUAAUAUGUAUGCACGUAAUGGGAUGUUGAAGGAAGCAGAUGAGGUUAGAAGGAUGAUGAGGAUCAAUGGGGUAAGAAAGGAACCUGGAUGUAGCUGGAUUGAUGUUAAGAACACUACCUUUGUGUUUACAGUGCAUGACAGGUCACAUCCUAGGACAGAUGAGAUAUAUGGGAUGUUGAAGAAGUUGGAGGAGUUGGUGAAGAAGAAAGGUUAUGAACCUGAGACACAGUUUGCAAUUAACAGUGAAGAAGGGUACAAAGAGCAUAACUUAUGGCAUCACAGUGAGAAACUAGCCCUUGCAUUUGGGCUACUGGCCCUACCAGUUGGAGCUCCAAUUAGGAUAAAGAAGAAUCUGAGGACUUGUGGAGAUUGUCAUGCAGUCAUGAAGUUAGCAUCAGAGAUAUUUGAGAGAGAGAUUAUUGUAAGAGAUAUCAAUAGAUUUCACCAGUUCGCUAAUGGUUUGUGUUCCUGCGGUGAUUACUGGUGACUGGAGUUUGAGUUUGAAGGAAUAGAAACAUCAUCUCUUGGGGGCUUUUUCUUUCCUCCUUUUGCCCCCCAUUUUUUCUUUCAAAAAAAUAUGUUGAUUCAAAGUUGCUUGAAUUCUAUCCAAGAGGUCAUGUGUGAUAUUUGGUAUUAUUAAGAUGUGGGAGUUUUACAUUCAUCACAUUAGGAGAUUUGUUGAGAAGAAUAAGUGAUUGCCACUUCAGUGUACGUAUUUAAUCAUCUUUCAACGAUGAGAACUAAAGCUGUCAGCCUGCCACCUUCAUGUACCUGAGGAUUGCCUGUAUAUACAGUAUAUAUUGAGCUUAGAAUCUUCACCUCAGCUAGGGGUUUUCAAAAUAAGUAACAAUUAUACGAAGUUGAGUCAUGAUGUCAAGGGUUCAUCAGGAUUAAAGGCUAUACUGAUUAAAAGUAUGUAAUUUACAUCUUGGAUAUGCAGCAAAUACUCAUUAAUUAUUUUGAUUGUCA